AACCUUUCUGUUCAUUUUUUUCACUUACCCCUAACUAACACGAUGGCACUCAGCACUCAGGACUUGCUCGAAGCUCACGUCGAGCUCUGGCACCAGUCCCUGUGCUACGCCAAAUCGCUCGCGCUCGCAGUGGCACUGGACCUCCGCAUCCCCGACGCGAUCCACCACCAUGGCGGCAGCGCCACCCUUCCCCAGAUCCUCGCCGAGACUGCGGCCCACCCAAGUAAGCUUCGCGCUCUACGCCGCCUCAUGCGCGUGCUCACCGUCUCGGGCACCUUUAGCGUCGAGCAACAACCGCCAGCUGGUGGUGAUGAUUCGACCGUCGACGCGCCGGACGAAGCUGUCUACAGGCUCACGGCAGCCUCCCGCUUCCUCGUUAGCGACGAGGUGAGCUCGUCGACCUUGGCUCCCUUUGUGAGCCUGGCGCUCCAUCCUAUCGCUGUCUCUCCGCACACCAUGGGCAUCUGCGCGUGGUUCCGGCAGGAGCAGCGUGAACCGUCCCCGUAUGGCCUGGCUUUCCAGCAAACAUUCCCAACGAUCUGGGAACACGCUGACGACGUAAACGCCUUACUGAACAAAGGCAUGGUCGCGGACAGCCGCUUCCUGAUGCCAAUCAUGCUCAGGGAGUGCGGCGAGGUGUUCCGUGGGAUCGAAUCGUUGGUCGACGUAGGCGGUGGGCAUGGUGGCGCCACCGCCGCCAUCGCCGCUGCCUUCCCGCACCUCAAGUGCAGCGUGCUUGACCUCCCGCACGUUGUCGCCGGCGCUCCGUCCGAUGUCAACGUGCAGUUCGUCGCAGGCAAUAUGUUUCAGAGUAUUCCACCUGCAACCGCUGUUUUCCUCAAGACCACUUUACAUGACUGGGGUGACGACGAGUGUGUCAAGAUAUUGAAAAAUUGCAGGCAAGCUAUAUCUCCACGUGAUGCAGGAGGGAAGGUAAUAAUCUUGGACAUGGUAGUUGGAUACGGGCAGCCAAACAUAACGCAUCUAGAGACACAAGUUAUGUUUGAUUUGUAUAUUAUGACGGUUAAUGGAGCUGAGCGCGACGAGCAAGAGUGGAAGAAGAUUUUCAUAGAAGCAGGAUUCAAAGACUACAAAAUCCUACCAAUCCUUGGUGCACUAUCAGUCAUCGAGGUCUAUCCAUGAAUGCUUGCUGAGCAAAGGCCUCCACAAUAAAUUGAAGAAUCUGAAAGUGCUGAUAGUAAUCCAUGAAUUGUUCUUUUUACUAUAUACACUUUGAAGCACAUCGUCGUGUGUGCUUCCACAUGUGAUACGAUAUGUAAACGAUGUGCUAUAUAUAUUACCCAUGCUCUCGUUCGAUGUAGAUGCUGGGAUCAUAGGUAAAUCUACUAUAUAUGCCAGAUCUUAAUAAGAUAAUAUGGAAGCGUUUUGCU